AUGGAUCUGGAAGAAUAGUAAGGUCUUAUUCCAAAUAUAACACCUGCAAAACCACACAAAUAAGUUCGUAAGGUUAGAUACACCAAGUCAGCCUUCUUCAAUUAUUUGAUUGCAAUUUUAGCAUUAAUAAUUCUUGGACUUAUGUCAUACAUCGUAAUAGAUAUAACUGGUUAUGAAAUCAUGCAUCUUUCCUUCAAAUCAACCACUUAGCAAUAAAAUAUAACCGAUUAAAUACCAAUCUAAAAUGAAGACUAAUCACAAAUUGAUACCAUGGAUUACACGUCUUAAUUGGAUAAUUUAUUAUGGGAUGAUGCUAAUAACAAUAAAGAGAAUCAAGAAGCUCAAGCUGAAGAGUUCUUAGAUGAGAAUUUCUCAACUUAAGAUGAAAUCAAUUAAAUAGAGGAACCAUAGAUUGAAAAUCAAAAUAGUGAAGUUUAAACAUUUUAAAGUGCCACCUUGGAAAUUGGUGAUUAAUCAGAUAUUCAAGAUUAAGUGUAAAUACUGAAUGACGACUAACAACUUGAAUAAUAUUCCCUAUUGUAAUCAGGAUCAAGCAUAAUAACACCAAAGAUAGAUGAUUCAAAAUAUAAUUACGUUGAACUUCCAAAUAAAAUGAAAAUUUUGUUGAUCCAAAACGAUGAAGACAACGCAGAAAUAUAUUUGAAUGAUUUUAAAGGAUAUUGGUAAACUAAUUACUUUGUAAAAUGUGACCAAUGUCAGAUCACUGUCAAAGAAUAACAAACCUAAUACUUCAUUUAAACAAAGUCAGAUUAAAUUUUGAACUCCUUUGAGGAAUUAAGUAAAGCCUUUGCAUCGGAAACUCCACAAUUAAAAUAGAUAAACUAUUAAAAAUCCACUUGGGAAGAGUUAUUAACUUAAAUAUCUAAUGAAAAACAUCCAAUUUCCUCUAAAUAUUCAAAGGCAUCCACAUUUUAAUUAUCCCCAAAUCAAAUGGUAUUGAUAAUCAAAGGAAAAUUUAACUCAGAUGAAUUGAUGAAUGGAAUAAUUCAAAGUGAUAUUGUACUUUUAAGAGAUAUAGACAUUUAGGAGAAUGAAAAUAUUCAAAUUAUUAAUUAACCUGGAAGUAUCAUUAAAUGGAAUAAUUAGAAGGAUCUAAACUCAGUUAAAAUAAUUUAUGAAUUAGAAGAUAGCAAAGAAUUGAAUUUCAUUGAUUAUUUUAUAUAGACUUCUCUACAAAAUUAUAUCAUCAACAAGAGAUUAGGUCUGGAUGUCAAAUCAAGCGUGAUAUUGGAUUAAAAUAAUAGGCAACUAUAUCAAAUUUAAAUAGCAUUACCAUUUUAAGAUCAAAUGGACUAUGAUCAACGAGAAUUAGCAUAUAGACUAAGUAAGAUUGUGAUUAAUUUCGCCAAUUCUUUGGAAGCACAACUAAUAAAUAACGACAAUGAAUUAUCUGAUUAUUGCAAGGAAAUGAUAGAUCAAUUGUAAUAAAUUAAUAACCUGCAAUUUGAUUACGAUAAUCAAGAGUAAGAUUACAUGGAAAUAGCUAAAAACCUUAAGUCAGAUUUAAUAGAAGAAGUACUUCACUACAAAUAUUUGGUAUAAAUAGUCCCUGAGUCUUUGAAGAAAACUUUAGAUAAUCUAUAGUCUACAAAAAAUCUGAUCAUUGUUGUGAGUGAUUCCUAAUAUCAUACUGAAUAUAGUUUUAUUUAAAUUUAAAAAGGUUCAGCUACUUAGGAUCUACUUUUUUUAACUUAAGAUGAAUUAGAUAUUAACUAAAAUGGUAUUUCCUAUUCUUUGAAAGAAAUUACUGAUUAAACUAAACAAUUCAUAGAAAAGACAGAGGAAGAAAUCAACUUUGUUUUCCCUCAAGUCAACAAAUUUAUACCAUAAAAUUUAGAUUUAGUUGAAUAAACUGAACCAUUCGAAGUUAAUAAUCAUGUUGAGGUAGUUGUAGAUGUCUCUAAGAAAUUGCCUAAAAUCAAUGCUGACAUAACUAUAUUCACUUAUGGACAAUUUGUAUAUGCACAAUAUUUAUACGAAAGAAUCAUUAUGGAAUAUUAAGAUGCAAUUAAUGUUGGAUAUGGGGUUGAUGUGAAUUAAAAUUAAUAUUUCUAAAUUCAAUUUUAAGGUUGGUCAGAUCAUUAUACAAACAUAUUCAAAGGAAUCAUGGAAAUUGUUAAGGAGAAGCCUAAUGAAGAACUAAAAGGUUAAUUGCAAUAUAAAUUUGAUAUGUUACCAGAACACUUAAAACUGAUUAAUUUCAAAAUUGAAUCAAUUCUUAUUGCUAAUUAUAAAAAACCUUAAUUUGGAGUUAUUGGACAAAAUUAUAAACUGAAACUUACAGGAAAUAUUGAAAAGAAUCAAGCUGAGGAAUUAGAUUAGAUGCUCCAUAAAGCACUAAAUUUUAAAUAAAAAUUGAAAUAGGACCCAAUUCAGAUUUACAGUCUCAAAAAUCAAGAAAUCGAUUACCAAUUAAAAGCAAAGGAUAAAUGGCAUUUAUUGAUAAACUAUUAUUAGUUUUCCUAAUUAAAUUAAAGUCAAUAAAAACUACUUAAUAGAAUUUAAGAGUUUGUUUAAUAAAAAUCUCAAGAAUCACAUAUUAUUUUUGAGCAAAGGACUAUUGGUUGCACAUAAGGAUUUUUCUUGAUUGUACAAUCUUCUAAAGACUUAGAGGGUUAAAAAGAAAAAAUAGAUAACUUAAUUGAAUAAUCACUUAAUGAACUAGAUAAAGAAGAUGGUUCUAGUAAAUAAAGCAAAAAGUCAAAAUAUUCUUAAUUUUGGAAGAAAGAAUCAGGUAAAAUCACAUUCUUUAUUGAUGAUCAAAAUAGAAGUACAACUAUGCCAAAUUUAGAAUCCAUUCAAUGUAAAUGA